CGAAGGGGCGGGCUCUCUGAGCAAGGUCUCCUAGGUGGAGUGGCGGUGGCGAAGCUACAGGCCGUUGGGGCGGCUCGCAGGUCACUAUGAAAGGCUUAUAUUUUCAACAGAAUUCUACAAAUGAAGAAAUGACAUUUAUAUUUCAAGAAAGGGUGUUCUUCAACGGCGCCAACAUCCUCCAGGUGGAGGUGCCCACACUGACGGGAUCCUUUGGCAUCCUGGCAUCCCACGUGCCCACGCUGCAGGUCUACAGCCCGGCCUGGUGGUCGUCCGUGCGGAGGACGGCACCUCCACCAAGCCACGCUGUUCAGGUGCUGGAGACAUACAGCAUAGAGAAGGACAUUUCGGCCCACAUCAAGGUGGAGUGUGACAAGAAGUACAACCCCACUUGGCACUGCAUCGUGGCAGAAACGUUGCUUCUAGCAGAAAUGAAGAUGGAAAAAGAUUUUAUUCCUGUUGGGAGAGAAGUUGCUGGAACUGUGUUAGAUGUUGGACGCAAAGUCUCAUUCUUUCAACCAGAUGAUGAAGUAGUAGGAAUUUUACCCCUGGAUUCUGAAGACCCCGGGCUUUGCGAAGUCGUUCGAGUCCACGAGCAUUACUUGGUUCAUAAACCAGAAAAGGUUACGUGGGCAGAAGCGGCUGGAACCAUUCGGGAUGGACUACGAGCCUACACAGCUCUUCACUCCCUUUCUCAUCUGGCUCCUGAGAAAUCAGUGCUGAUCAUGGAUGGAGCAAGCGCUUUUGGGACAAUAGCUAUUCAGUUAGCACAGCACAGAGGAGCCAAGGUGAUUUCAACAGUAUGUGGCCUGGAAGACAAACAGUUCCUUGAAAGAAUUAGGCCUACUAUAGCCCGAGUGAUCGACAUAUCUAAUGGGAAAGUCCACGUUGCUGAAAGCUGUUUGGAAGAGACAGGUGGCCUAGGAGUUGAUAUUGUCCUAGAUGCUGGAGUGAGAUUGUACAGUAAAGAUGAUGAGCCUGCUUUAAAACCGCAACUACUGCCGCAUAAGCAUGAUAUCAUCGCACUUCUGGCUGUCGGAGGCCACUGGGUGACAAGAGAAGAAAGCCUUCAGUUGGACCCUCCAGACAGCCACUGCCUUUUCCUCAAGGGAGCAACUGUGUCUUUCCUUAACGAAGAAGUGUGGAAUCUGUCAAAUGUACAACAGGGGAAAUACCUUUGUAUCUUAAAAGAUGUGAUGGAGAAGCUAUCAACUGGUGUUUUUAGACCUCAGUUGGAUGAACCCAUUCCACUGUAUGAAGCCAAAGUUUCCAUGGAAGUUGUUCAAAAAAAUCAAGAAAGAAAAAAACAAGUUGUUCAGUUUUGAUUCUUCCUCAGACCUCAGUUGGAUGAACAGUACUUGAAGCCCAAGUUUCCUUGGAAAAAAAGAGAAGAUAAAAACAAGUUGUUUGUAAACAGGUUCUCCUGCUAAGGCAAGAUGCUCAGAUAUUUUGAAAAGUAGAUUACUGUGCAAAUGGUCAAGAUAAUUCUAUUACAUCUGAAGGGGAUACUCUGAAAACCUUUUUCUCUCUACAUUUUUCCUCUGCUGUAAAAUGCUAACCUGAAGAAAACCUGCUUUCAGCCAAAGCCACACUGCUCUAUCGCUAGCUGUUAUGUGCAGCUUGUUGCUGUCAAAACGUUAUUUUGUAUCAAUUCCAUUCUGAACAUCAUCCUUCCUUAACAAAUCUUCGCUGUCGUAAUUUA